CCUUUCACUUCCAAGUUUUCAAAUUUUUUGCUUAGAAAUUUCAAUAAUAUAUCACUUGAAGGACAAUCAUGGCGAUAAUUGAAGGAGAAUCGAUGGCUAGAAACAAAGAGAAGAGUGCAGAAGCAGAAAACGAGACUUUGGAUUUUUAGCAUCAAUCCAAUACAGUUGUCAUGACCAUGGAAGUUGAAAUCAUAUCCAGAGAAAUCAUCAAACCUUCCACUCCAACCCCACCACAUCUUCGAACACACAACCUUUCAUUCCUCGAACAGAAUACUCCUCGUACUUAUCUGCCGGUGGUUUACUUCUAUCACAAGGAGAGCUCUGCUUCUACUAAAGGCGAUCACAAAUCCAAUCAGCUCAAGAAAUCUUUAUCAGAAAUACUAUCCAAGUACUACCCGUUCGCCGGCAGGAUCAGAGACCGAGCCUCCGUUGACUGCAACGAUGAAGGAGUUGCGUUUGUCGAAGCAAGAGUCAGAAACAUCAAGCUAUCUGAAAUUCUUGAACACCCUGAAGAUACAUGGCUGGACUUGUUAUUCACAGACAAUUUACAGUGGAACGAUGAUUCGAGUCUCAGCGUGAUCUUUGCUGUUCAAGUAAGCUUCUUUGACUGUGGUGGCAUGGCAAUUGGCAUCUGUAUGUCACACAAAGUAGCUGACACAUCCACCGUGGCCAACUUCAUCAACGACUGGGCUGCUCGAAACAAGUGUGAUCAAUAUGUACCGUCUCCUUUGUUCAUCGGAGCAGAUACAUUUCCCCAAGGUGACAUGCCAUUGUUCCCGGAAACUGUGCUCGAAAAAGGCGACUGCGUCACCAAGAGAUUUGUGUUUGAUGCCCCGAAGAUUGCUUCCCUCAAAGCAAUAGUCGCGGACAAAGUGCAAAACCCCACAAGGGUUGAAGUUGUGACAGCUUUGAUUUACAGCUGUGCAAUUUCUGCGUUAAGAUCAACUUCACAGUCGUCCUUAAACCCGACAGUUUUCAUCCAUGCAGUGAAUCUCCGCACUAGGGUGAUCCCUCCGUUGCCGAAAAAUUCUGUAGGCAGCAUGAUUUGGGCUUUUACAUUGUCCACAGCUGAGGACGGUGUGAUCGAGUUGCAUGACCUGGUGACUCAAAUGAAGCAGAGCAUGACCCGAUUUUGUGAUUCUUAUGCUCAAAAGUUUCGCGGGGAAGAUCAAUGGCCGGCAAUCUUUAAAGAGUGUACGCAAGCAUUAAGGAAAGAAUUUUCGAUAGCGAAUUUGGUGACGUACAGAUGUAGCAGCUGGUGCAGGUUCCCAGUGUAUGAAGCUGACUUUGGCUGGGGGAAGCCAAUUUGGGUGACUAUUGCGAGCUGUUCCCUGAAGAAUGCUAUUUUUCUGAUUGAUACAAGGAAUGGAGAAGGGAUUGAAGCAUAUGUGAAUUUGGAAAAGCAACAAUUGGAUGUGUUCGAGCGCGACGCGCAGCUUCUUGCAUUUGCUUCUCUGAAUCCGAGUGCUUUAGACUCCAUCUGAUCUGAUCACAUCUUGUGUGCUGAGGUUUCAUAUCUCUGUGUUUAUGUUUCUCUUUUGUUACGGUUUGUGUUUGCUUUUGAAUGUGCAGUUUUUUUCGUUGUUGUGUAUGGAACGAAAUUGUUGGGGUCGAAUAAUAUUUCCCUUUGUUUUGGACAUUUAGGUUCAUAAA